UCCCGUUCGGGCCGUAGCGAGGAGAAGAUGGCAGCGCUGAGCGAGCCGGUGCGGUUGGAGCGAGACAUCUGCAGAGCAAUUGAGCUGCUGGAAAAAUUACAGAGAAGUGGAGAAGUGCCACCACAAAAGCUACAAGCAUUGCAAAGAGUCCUUCAAAGUGAAUUCUGUAAUGCUGUAAGGGAGGUUUAUGAACACGUAUAUGAAACUGUGGAUAUCAGCAGUAGCCCAGAAGUUAGAGCUAAUGCAACGGCGAAGGCCACCGUAGCUGCUUUUGCUGCUAGUGAAGGCCAUUCCCAUCCCAGAGUGGUUGAGCUACCCAAAACCGAAGAAGGUCUUGGAUUCAAUAUCAUGGGAGGCAAAGAACAAAAUUCUCCAAUCUAUAUCUCUCGUAUUAUCCCCGGCGGUAUAGCUGAUAGGCACGGAGGCCUGAAACGUGGAGACCAGCUGCUUUCUGUAAACGGAGUGAGCGUCGAAGGUGAACACCAUGAAAAAGCUGUAGAACUGCUGAAGGCAGCUCAAGGGAAGGUUAAAUUAGUUGUGCGAUACACACCAAAGGUCCUGGAAGAAAUGGAGUCAAGAUUCGAAAAAAUGAGAUCAGCAAAACGCAGACAGCAAAAUUAACUUUGAAUGCAAUAAUUUGAGGAGAAAAUAUAUUCCAUUUGCAUUUUUAUAGUUUGUGACUCAGUUGAUCCAAUGCCUGGGCUACAAAAGACCCUGUCCUUUUUGUAGAAUCACAGAAUGAUUGAGGUUUGGAGGGGCUCCUGGGGAUCAUCUGGUCCAAGCCCCCUGCUUGGAGGAGGGCUAGCUAGAGCAGGUUGCUCAGGACUGCAACAAGCUGUGGCUUUAAGCGUCUCCAAGGAUGGAGACUCCAGAAGAUCUCUGGGCAACCUGUUCUAGUGUUUGAGCUUCCUGUAUUUUCACUUGUGCCCAUUGCCUCUUGUCCAGCCACUGGAUGCUACUGAGGAGAAUCUCGCGCUUUUUUUUAUACUCCUCCCUGUCAGCCACUUACACAUGUUGGUAAGAUCACCCCUGAGCCGCCUCUUCUCUAGGCUAGAAAAUCCCUGUUCUCUCAGCUUCUCCUUGUCUGUCAGAUGCUCCAAUGACUUCAUCUCUGUGGCCCUGUGCUGGACUUGCUCUUGUAAUGCCCAUGUUUGUAUACAGGGGGAGCCCAAAACGCUGGACACAGCAGUUGUGUCGUGGCUCAUAAGGGCUUAGAAGAGGGGAAGGAAGAAUUAUUUCCCUCACCUUGCUGGCAGUGCUCUUCCUGAUUCAGACAGGGAGACUGCUGGGCUGCUUUGCCAUGAGGACACAUGGUAGCUUAUGGUCAGCUUGAUAUCAUUCUCUACCAGGCUGCUUUGCAGCACAUUGGCCCCCAGCCUGUAACUGGUGCAUGGGGUUAUUCCUCCCUGGGAUAGGACUUUGCACUUACCUUUGCUGAACUUUGAGAGAUUCCUGUUUCCCAUUUCUGUAGCCUGCCAAGAUCCCUUUGGCUUGCUGAGAGUGUGUUCUGUCCUGUCACCCCGUCCUUGAUGAAAAUGUUAACCAGUAUGGGCCACAGUACAGACCCCUAGAGUCCACCAAUAGAGACUAGCAUCCAGCAGGACUUUGUGCCACUCAUCACAGCAACCCUCAGCAGUCCAGCUAUGCUUAGAAUGUUCUCAGUCUCCAUAGGUUUCAUGAAUUAAGAAGAAUGUGUACUUUUAAAAUGGCCUAAGAUAACCCUGAAAAAGCAUAUAUUGGUAUUUCUAGAUUUUUAUUUUUUUUAAUAAGCCUCUUUCAUGUCAGACUUUUAAGCAUGAAUUGAAUGUGCAGGUUUUUCAAAGACAUUUAAUAAGACAUACUUGUACAAUUGGCAUCCCUUUUUUGUUUUUUCCUGUUUCCUUUAGGCAUUCUUUAACAUAGAAUCUGCAGGGUUUUUUUGCUGAAUGGUUUUGGAAAAAAAGAUUCUUAUGUAGCAGUAUUUUGGCACUUUUCUUAACAAUAUGUUGUGUAUCAGCUACAAAACCUAAUCAUGAUCUACUGUGUAGCUGAUAACGAUACCAGAUUUUGUAAUGUUUUGGUGAGUACAUGAUUUUUUACACUUCUGCUAAAUUGUAAUUCAUAAUUAUGGAAACUGUAUUACCUCGCCUGUAAAUAAUUUACAGUUGGUGUUCUCAUAUAAUGAUUUUUGUAAUACUGACACAAUUUCACAACAGUCAUUCCCGUAACUUAUUUUGUACUAAUUUUAAAGCAGUUAAGGCGGGGGAUAGAAUUCUGUAUGCAGUUCUGAAUUGACUCUCUAGAUGUAUUUUUAUACUCGGAAACAGAAGCUAUAAUAAUGCAGUGCAACAGAAUUCCAGAUGUUUCCCUAACUUUCUGCUGUUUAGAAGAAAUACUCAUCUUAAUUGUCAUACCUCUUGUGGGUUUUUUAGUAUGUUCUAUUGUAGUCUUAUCUACAGACUGACUGUAUUGGUCUUGGAAUAGUUAGUACCUAAAUUAUUGGUUAUUACGUGCAUAAGAGUAGAAUGUUCUGAGGUUUAUAUGCUAGGUUACCAUGACAUGUGAACUUGUCUGGGGUGUUAUUACUGACUGCUUCUGACUUGGCGGAUUCUUGUUUGUACUGCAGAAGUACUGCACAUCAUCAUCGCUGUAAAACUUUCUGUGGAGUGAUGCUGUGGUAGUUAUAAGGAAUCUCCAGCUGAAAGCAACUAAUGUCUUAUCUCAAGCAUGUUUGAUGCAGCAUGGUUUUUGUUUGUUAUUGGGAAGAAUAAUUCUGGACAGAGGUCCUUUUCUUGGAAUCUGCCAGGCUUGAGGCUGUACUUGUAUAGUUUGGGUUUUGGGGUCUUUUUAGUUUGGUUUUUGUUUUUUAAACUUCAUCUUCUGGUAUAUACCUGGAAUUAAUUUGUCUACUUGGUGUUUGCUCACUUGUAUGGCAGCUAUGAAUGCAUCCUAAUUGACUGUUAGAAUUUGAUUCUUAGAAGCUUAAACUGAAAAGUGCAGUUCUUGCUACAUGGCUAAUCCCUAGUCUCACAUGGAGCAGUAUGAUCCAUUGUGAGGUAAUUCAGUAUAUGAAGGAAAGGAAAAGGUUAGUGACCUAAAAAUGACAGCAGGAAGUUUGUACUUUGUCAGUUGACCCAUGGGAAAAAAACAAUGUGAUUACUACAGACAAGUGAGAAAUGUGAUUGCUUUCUGCAUGUUUGUAAGCAUGGUAAGCCUGCAAAGAGAAAUUUGGGGUUUAAAGAUACUGAUACUUUGAAAAUGCAGUAUAGGUAUUUAUCAGCUAGAUGACAUUGAGCACUGAAUUGCUUUGGCUGUGUGUCAUGGGCUUCUUUCAAAAGGCCCUAUGUUACUGAUACAACCAUGUUGAAUUGUAUAUUUUUACGGAACAGCUAAUGUUUAAGGUAUUGAGACAAAAUCACUAGUUAGACCAAUUGUGGAUGUGUUUUAAUUUAAUUGUAAAAUAGUAGAGAUCUGUUUUAGAGCUAUAUAUAAAUAUAUAUAUAUUAAAAAAGGAUAUGGAAAGGAGAUAGAAAUGUGUAUUUUAAAACCUGUAUCCCUUGUGUUACUGAAAAGAGGUGUGUUUUGCUACUUUAUGGAAAUAUUUACACUAGUGCAGCCAGAGGUGCUAAAUGCGGUAGCAUUUUCAUUCUGAGUUUUAGCAUUUGGAUACAGCUUGUCAGCUACUACAAAACGUGGGGAGGUGUAUCCGAGCAUAUAAAUUGUACAUGUAGAAUUUAAUAAAGUUUUUAAAUGACAACAAAAAAUCCAUAAACAGGCAACUUAUUAAUACUCACCUUUACUACUAUGAAAAUCCUAUACUGUUGAGGAAAGGAUGGAUUAAAAUAUGCCAAGAAACUUGAUCUCUAUUACUACUGAGCAGUGCCUGUACUGUGUUAACAUGCAGUCCCUAUAUACUUGGCAUACUUGGGUAUGCAAAAAGGUUAAGAAGAGGUGUCAUUUCUGCAGAUACUUAUGCAUCUGUUGCUGCUGUGAGGGAUCUUUGGGUUUUAUCAACAGAAAAAUAAAAGUUAAAUUUUGCA